AAAAAGUGAUUGUUUUUUAAUGUUUGUCGAGAGAAACACGAGUCCAUUGCUUGAGACGAUUGGUUUGUGAUUGUAUUGCAAGUGAUAUAUGUUUUGAUUGGCAAUUGUCUCAAACGAUUCAUUACUUUUACAUUUAACAUAUAUUUUAUGAUUUGAAGAGAUUUUUCUCCAAAUAUUUUUAUUAAAUAUUUUAAUAAAAGAGAAGUUUAUAUAAGAAUUAGUGAUUAAUAAUACGUUAAAAUGAAUGAAAACGAAGAGACCCUACCAUCCGAUGUGAGCGCUGUGGAGGAGUCGGACCAACAAAUGGCCGCCAAUUCAGUGGAAGCGAAGGAGGAAUUGAUUGCGAAAGGAAUUGACAUCAGUCUUAAGGAGGCGAACCGAUCCGAUGCGAGCACUAAAGAGGAGUCCAAUGAUAGCAUUGAUGGCAAAGACUAUAAUCAAGUGUCGGACGACUCGGAGCCGAACCCAAUGCGACCACACGUUGAGGACAACCAUCUGAUGGGUUACGACCGGGAAUUCAUGUAUAAACUCAUUAUCAGUCAACUGCUAUACGACGGACACCGCAAUGUGGCCAUCAAUUUGUCUAACAAUGAGAAGUUCAAGAAUUUGGUCCAACCGUCGCGGAAGUUAUACCAAUUGAUAGUGAAUGCGCUUAAAAUGGAAGGAGAUUCGCCGCUGAGUGACGAUAGCAUUCACGCCAUGAAUCUGAUUGAUCUCGACUUCGAUGCUGAUCGCAAUUCGGGCUCUUCUCGGGCCAGUCUGUACGACAGCUCCGCCACCAAAGACUACUUCAGGAGUCGUUCAUACUCUCCGGACUUAGAAGUGAUGCCCCAAAUGACUCACCGAAUGAUCGACAAUAUGGGACGUAUGAUAGCAAAGACGUCACCAUUGGCUGACCCGAUGCCGAGUUUGAAUAAUGUGAGUCGAAAUAGCGACACAAUAGGGUUGCGAUCGACGCCCGACAUACCGAUGCCACCACUCGGGCACCCGUUGAGUGGAAGUCUGAGAUCAAUGACUCCAAGCGGUGUGGAAAUGGUUGGCCAAAGCGGUCUCUUGGAUACCGCAUCUCAACAAAACUUUCAACAAAUUGAUUUCAAUGAUCUCUUAACGCAAAUAAAUUUGGCUCAAUUGGCGUACAUGAAUACCGACCCCACAGCCUCUGUGGCCUCCUCUUCAGCGAAUACGCCGUCUCCCACUCCUAUCAUCCCUUCAGUGCCUUUAGAGAACGGAACCGGUUUUGUCCUGAAUGAGGCCGGAAUGCGGAACAUCAGUCAAUUGGCUAAACUCAGUGAAUCCCAGAACGGAAUGGUGACCAACUCGACGUCCCCCACCUCUAUGUCCUCAACUCUGGGCCGUAGCUCUUCUAACUCUGGAUCCAAACCCAAUGUAAUGCAAAUUCGUUUCAAAUUCGGACAAUUGGGUCAACAAAAGGGUCAGUUCUCCUCUCCUCAUGGCUUCUGCUUAGGAGUUGACGAAGAGAUCGUAAUCGCGGACACAAACAAUCAUCGCAUCUGUAUUUUCGACAAAACAGCCGAAUUCAAGCAUUCAUUUGGAGUUCCCGGCAAAGACGAGGCACAGCUUUGGUAUCCCAGAAAGGUGGCAAUAAUCCGGACGGCAAUCGGUGGAAGUGGAAACUCAGCGCCGCGUUAUGUCAUCUGUGAUAGAGGGGCCGAGAGGUCGAGAAUGCAGAUCUUCACCCGUUCCGGACAUUUCGUUCGCAAAAUAGCCAUUCGUUACAUUGAUAUCGUUGCCGGACUGGCCAUCACUCCGAACGGACAUAUCGUUGCCGUGGAUUCGGUGUCGCCGACUGUGUUUGUAAUCGCAGAGUCGGGAGAUCUUCUGCGAUGGUUUGAUUGCUCAGAAUAUAUGCGCGAACCGUCAGACAUAGCCAUCAAUAACCACGAGUACUAUAUCUGCGACUUCAAGGGUCACUGUGUGGUGGUGUUCAAUGAUGAGGGGCAGUUCAUGCGCAAAAUCGGUUGUGAGGGCUUGACUUCGUUCCCGAACGGCAUCGACAUCUCUGACGCGGGCGAUAUCCUGGUGGGCGACUCUCACGGCAAUCGGUUCCAUGUGGUGGUGUUCGACCGGUCGGGAACACUGAUCAGCGAAUUCGAGUGCCCGUACGUGAAGGUGUCGCGCUGUUGUGGCCUCAAGAUCACUAGUGAGGGCUAUAUCGUCACUUUGGCCAAAAACAAUCAUCACGUCCUCGUCCUCAACACUCUCUAUAUAAUGUGAGUCAACACAACGUCACUACAAACCACACAAUUGUCUAUUAAUUGAAAUACAAAACAAAGUGAAACGUCGAUCAAUACAACGAUUUGUAGUCAGUUUUGGUAUUUUUAAAUGAUUUCAAUUUUAAAAUCCUAUACUUUGGGUCCAUAUUUAGAAACAAAACGAUAUUUUAGUCAAAAAGCA